AUGGACAUCAAUUUCCGUAAAAUCGAUAUCGACCAGUUUGACGAGGACGUUCUGCAGGAUUCGGAACUGUAUGAAGCUGAUCCUCGGGACCCUGCGCAGGUGUUGGAAGAGGCCAAGGCGAGGCAGGUUGCUGUGCGGGGUUCGUUAGCCAGGGGUGACAUCGUGGGUGCACUGAACACCAUCCUCGAGAACGCGCCAUAUGGCCCCAAUGUCGAUGAAGCAAAGGACGUCACCCUCCAAACCCUCCUCACCAUCCUCAACUCGACCAAAUCGACCGAAAUCUCGGGGGUCGUCAAGGCGCUCUCGCCAGACGCGCAGGACACGUUGAUGAAGUAUCUGUACAAGGGGAUGGGCCUGCCUGGGUGGGGUGAGACUAGCGGGAGUGUGCUGCUUGGAUGGCAUGAGAAGUUGACGGAGGUGGCGGGUGUUGGAUGUAUAGUGAGGACUAUGACGGAUCGGAGGAUCGUGUAA